AUGCAAGAAGGACAGAGUGGGCCUCGCUGGCAAGUUGGACCUGUUGCAAGGGGCUAUGGUGGUUUAGGUCGUGUGCCUUUUUUUUUCUUUUGCUACAAGCUAGGUUGUUCAGCUAUUAUGUCGUUUGACAUGAGAAGUCGAUCAUCGAGUUCACAAGUGGCUUUGUAUUUGUGGGGUGGCUCUCAGGCAGAUGUGCAUGUGAGGUUGGCGGAGCCUUCAACCGCAUGUUCUACUUUUCCUUGGGUUUCAGAUUACCAUCUCAAAGAGUUCUUCUACUUCUUUGAAGUGAGACGUUGCGAGAAGUACACUCAACUUCGCGCACAUAAAGAGAAGUUGUUUAACAACCUUGGCCUCGACGAUGAUGCAUUGAGUACGAAUGUGUGGGAGGUCAACAAAAGAUGGGAAGGUGAUCUCACUAACUUAUAUCCCCUGCUUGUAAAGGAUGACAUUAGCAAAAGGAUUGAUCUCGAGCCGGACAUGGUUAAGGUUCGUCAAUCCAUGAACAUCUUUGCGAAGUUUCACGAAUGGCACGAGCACUGUAGAAAGGCACGUGGUCUUCCCCCGGCUAGAGAUGUUGAGAGAUGGAAACUACAUGGCCCUAACUCGAAUGAUGAGCCUGACGAAUAG